AUGCUUGCCUCAUUGAUCACUGGCCUCUUGGCUCUCACUGCCAUCUCUGUCUCCUCUCCAAUCCCCGCAACCAAGCGCGACACUGCCGAGCUCUACAUUCUCUCCAACUGCUACAACAAUCUCACACAUGCUUCCUACGCCUCCGCGUUCUGGUACUACCCAGAUUUUCUCCCAGAUUACCCAGAACCACAAGCUGUCGGUGUCAUCAACGCUAAAAAAUCGGUGACCUUUGAAGGCCUCAAUAUCGCCAUUAAAACCCCAUUCAAAUUGUCAGCCGCUAUCCCAAAAAAUGCUACAUUGGCUACUUAUCAAGAGAUUGUUGCAUCGGCCACUAUUAGCAGUUUUGCUGGCCCAGCUGCGGCCAUCAAAGGCACUGGAGAGGCUUUCUAUAGCCCUGCAACCAAUGUCAACUGUUAUUACAAUUAUGCCGUCAGGGAUAAUCAAACCGAGGAUCCAUGA